AUGAGAAAAAGAUCAAUUUUAAGGAAAGCAAGAUUUUUAUCGCAAAAAGAAGAACUUUCCUGUAUAUUAGAUAAACAAAAUGAGGAGACAAAAGAACAUGAAAGUAAUUCCCUUAAUAAAACAAGCGAACUUAAUAAAGAAAUUGAAACACUUAUGAACGAUACUUACAUUGAACUUAAUUUUUAUCUGAAUGACAAUGAAAUUAAGGAUACUACAGAAAAAUGUAAAAAGUCAUCCUCAUAUAUAAAUUGGAGAGGAAUGGACUUUGUUAAUUUAGUAUUAAAUGAAGAUAAAAAUCAUACUAUCUCAAGUCUUGUUGAUUGUUGGAAAAAAAAACAGAGUUCUUUCGAGAUGCAAAUACAUGAUAAAACAAAUUCAUCAUGUAAUUUGAAAAAUUUUGAUUAUUGUGCUGUUUUGAAUAAAAAUGAUAAUUGCACCAGUCCUUAUGAAAAUAGUGAUAUACCUGAAUUAAUAUCCUUACCAUAUGACCAACUUAAUGAGGAGCAAUAUAAAUCAAAUAAAACUAAAAUUAUUUAUGAUAGGCUUACUAGGUUUACUGAUAUUACUAGUGAUAUAUCUAAUUACUAUUAUAAAGUAUAUGAACGUGAUGAAAGUCAACUUAAUUGUGGAAAGUGGAGUAUGUAUAUAUAUAAGAGAGGAAGACAAUUUGUUAACAUGAACUACUAUGAGUUUUACUUGGAAGAAUCUUUUAGAGAAGAUUCUACUAAUAUUUGGAAUGCUUAUAGCACUAAUAAGCAAAAAAGUAUAUUAAAUGACACAGGUAAUCGAUGUAAUAUGACAUCACUAAUUUAUGAAAUUAAAAAGAGAGAGAAUACAACUGAACGAUAUGAUUUAUCUUGGAUUCGUUCAGAUGAUCAUGAUGAAUCUGAUGAAACUUUAUAUCCUACAACUUCAUUACCAGCUAUUACACAACCUACAGAGGAAAUUUCAGAUACAUCACAUGCUAGCGUUGGUGUAGAUCCAUUAGAUGAUCGUGCAAAAGCUAAAAUGGGCGGUUUUAGAGAUUCUAAAAAUGCUACACUAAAUGCUAUAGCAUCACCGGGUGAUAAAGAUAAACUUGAAAUAGCUGAAAAAGCUGCGAAAGCUGCAGCUCCUGUUUCUCUAGGAGAUCCACCACAACCCAAUUCUAAAACUUCAAAUAGCACGAAUGGACAUAACUCGUCGAAAACUGAACCUACAAUUUUACCUACUACAGAUGAUAACUCUAAACGACCUAUUACUGUCGUUAAAUCUUCUGAAAGUAAUACUACUCCUUCAAGAACUGUACCUUUUCCUGAAAAUACACCAUCUCAUACAAACAUGUUUUCUGCAGAUAGCAAUUCAUCUUCCUCAGGAUUUUCUGCAUCCCCAAUGACUGAAUCUGGUAAUUUUACAGCUAAUUUUGGUGCUUCUCCAUUGAAUGAUACAUAUUCUACAAAUAACCAUACAUCUCCUGCUCUAGAUAUGCCCAAUUCUGCCAUUCCUAGCAGUGUACAACCUAUAGCUGUUACUAAAAUUAAUUCUAAUGGUGCUCCACCUAUUGUAAAUGAAUCAUUAUCUGAGGCACCUAAUUAUAAAGCUCCUGUGGAGGUACAUACUCCUCUAAUUAAUGCUGCAUUUCCCAAAAAUGAAACUGUGUCUCCAACCUUAUAUGAAUCUUUAACGCCUUCAGAUAUCAAUGCAUCUCCUAGUAAUACAACUGAAUCUACUACAGCAAAUGAUAAUACACAAUUAUCUCAAGCAAGCUAUCCCCCAACACAAAGUUCAAAAAAUACACUUACUUCGAUUGCUCAACCUAUUAAUUCACCUUUAAUCGAAGUUCAAAAUAAUGCAUCAGCAAAUUGUACGAACAUAUGUACUCCAAAUAUUAAUACCACACAAAUUCCAUUAGAUGAAAGUACUGAACCUACACCUACAAUUAAUCCUGCAGGAAGUAUAAUAACAAUAGUUCCAAUAGGUAUACUCAUUUUAGGAAUUAUAUUCCUUUUAGUUAUUCUCUAUAGAUGCACUCCUAUUGGAUCUUGGAUUCGUAAUCGAAAAUCAAAGAAAAAAAAAAUAAGAAAAAAGAUAAAAAAAAUUUCAAAGAAACCAAUGCCAUUAUCUACAAAUAAUAUAGAGGAUGGACAAAUCAAUAGUGGAAAUCACUCUUUGUUACAGCAUGAAAAACAAAUAUCACCAUGUGAGGUUAGUUUUGAAAGUGAAAGAAAUUCGAAACAAGAGCAAAUGGGAAAAUCCAAAGAACGUAAAGGAAUAUACAAUGAAAAAGGAAAUAUAUGCAUUUGUGAUAAUACAGAAGGGACAAAUAUGUAUGAAAAUAAAUUUAUAGGUGAAAAAAAAUUAAAUACAGAUAAUCCUAAAUGUGAAAUUAAUAAGGAGGAAUUGAAUGGAAAUGAACCUAAUAGUGAAAAUGAAGAUGAAUUAAAUAAAAAUAUAUUAGAAAAAGAUCCUGUUCAUAUUGUAUGGCAUAUUAGGAAUGGUACAUUAAAUGAGGAAAAAGAAAAUGAAAUAAAUUCGCAAAAGGAAAAAUCUACAUGUGAAAAUGAAAUGAAAAAUUUGGGAAAUAAAACGACAAUCAAGAAUAAUGUAUGUAAUUGGAAUUCAUGGGUAGAUAUACAUAUGACUGCAUUACUAGAGUAUAAAAAAGAGGAAUGGAAAUUGAAUAAAACAGAAUUUUUUAAUAUUUGUUUAGAAGAGAUCGAAAAAGAUGGAGAAAAUUUUAAUUUAAAAGAAAUGCGAAAUCAUUUUAUAAUGAAAAUAAAAGAAGAAAAUA